AUUAGCGCAUUGAGCUGUUAUAGCUUCGUUUCUGGUUUUUUCAGUUUAAAAACCGAAAUGGAAACCACUUCUAGUGAAUGCAAUGCUCGUCCUAAAGUUUACUUUGACAUUAAAAUCGGAGGAGAAAAUCGGAAGAAUUGUUUUCGAGUUAUUCACCGAUAUAGUACCAAAAACAGCAGAGAACUUCAGAGCUUUGUGCACGGGAGAAAAAGGAACUGGAAGCAAAGGAAAACCACUUCAUUAUAAAGGUUGCAGCUUUCAUAGAAUAAUCAGGCAGUUUAUGAUACAAGGAGGCGAUUUCACAAAUGGCGAUGGAGCUGGUGGAGAAAGUAUCUAUGGUGAGAAAUUCGAAGACGAAAACUUCCAACUAAAGCAUGAUAAGCCUGGACUUUUAAGCAUGGCUAAUGCCGGACCCAAUACUAAUGGCUCUCAGUUUUUCAUCACAACCGUUCCGACUCCCCAUCUGGACGGAAAGCACGUCGUCUUCGGUUGCGUCUAUAAAGGGAUGAGCGUGGUCAAGGCACUGGAACAGGUCGGCACUGGCCAGAACGAUGCUCCGACGGAGCAUUGCGUGAUAGAAGACUGCGGCCAGUUUGCUCCCGGAGUCUCAGAUUUUGGCCUGUGCGAGUGCGAUGGCACCGAAGACGUGUAUCCGCCUUUUCCGGACGAUUCUGACCUGGACUUCACGCAGCUGGAUGCUAUCGUGCAGAUCGCCAACGCCAUCAAAUCUUCUGGUAAUAUAUACUUCAAUAAGGAAGAUUUUGUCACUGCCAAUUUAAAAUAUAAAAAGGCACUCAGGUAUCUCAACAGAUUACACGAAGUUAACGAUUUGAAAAAGGAAGAAGAGAAAAAAUUGUCUUCGAUAGUGUUACCGUGUAUACUGAAUAGUGCAGCCUGUAAAAUUAAACUAAAACGAUAUGAUGCGGCCAUCGAAGAUUGCAAUGAGGCCCUUGACAUAGAAUCACAGAGUUCCAAAGCCCUGUUUCGACGCGGUCAGGCGUAUCACGGCAGUAGGGAUUACGAACGAAGUCUGGCAGAUCUGCAUGAAGCUCUACGAUUGACUCCUAACAAUAAAGCUAUUAUUGCAGAAAUUACUGCAGUUAAAGGUGAAAUACAAGCUUAUAAAGCCAAAGAAAAAAAGGCUUAUGCAAAGUUAUUUGCAUAAACAUAUACAUGUUCUUCUAACUCAAUUAAUGCAUUUUUUGAAAAAUUUAAUCUUUUUAAAAUGUCUAUUAAUUGAUAUUGUUAUAGUAAUAUUGUGAAUAUAUGCUUUGAAAAUUUACACCUGCAAACAAUUCGAAAAGAUGUAUGCAAAGAGAGAUGACGGUGACGAUAAUUAAAACUUGCACGUGUUCCAAAUUAGUUGUAAAUUUUUUAUGUUAAAAUUUUAUAUUGAAUGGCACAUUGAUAGAUAAAACUAUUUUAAAUUAUUAGAUUUAUAUUCUAAAUAUGUAAAAAUCAAAUGGAACUGAUGUAGAAUAUGAAAAUAUAAAAGAAAAAA